AUGUCAAAUCAGCACGUAUUCCAAGCAUUCGAAAGUUACGAUUUUGACCGUGAUCCAAACUUUCAAGUAGGGUUAUCGGCAAUUCAUAACUCAAUCGUUUCCAAAUCGGCAAAAGAAGCCAACCAGAUGCUUGAGAAGGCUAAAUGUUUUUAUUAUUCAAAAACGGUGGAAAAAAUUGACUACGAUUCGUACAUUCUUUGGAAGAACUCGCAAAAGUCAUCAUCACUCACGUCUCCUAAUAAAAAUAAUCUCGAUGAUGAUAGUGGAAGAGGAGAAGGGAAAAUAAAAUCAGAAUCGAUACCUACAACAAAAUCAUCUUCAUCAACAGAAACAAGAGUAAAUGCUGAUGAUAGUAUGUCCAAUGAUAAAAAAGACCAAGAGGAACUAGGUGCUGAAAUUAAUGCAGGAGGAUCUUUUCCGGGUGAUACCGAUAAUAACACACCAAAAUAUCCUCAUUCAUUUCAAGAGAUAUGUGAAAUGAUUGCGAAUGGUACUCCAAUACCAGUGAAACAUAUACCAAAUGAAAUAAACAAAGAAUCGCCAAAAGAAGCUCAAUUUAAACCACGACCAAAGCCUUGGGAAAGAGAAAAAUAA